AUGCCACUUGAACUCAAGGUCCCGGUCCAUACCGACCACAAUGAAUUAUCCGAGUCCAGCUUUGACGCAUUGAAACAGCAAUCGCUUGACGCGAGAAACCUCUCUUACUCCCCCUAUUCCAACUUCAGGGUCGGUGCGUGUUUGCUCACAGAAUCUGGACAGUAUAUCCAGGGCGCUAAUGUCGAAAAUGCAAGCUACGGUGCGACUAUCUGUGCCGAGCGCAGUGCAAUCACUCGCGCUAUCAUGAUGGGACACCGUAAGUUCAAAGCCUUGGCUAUUUCUACUGACUUGACGACUGUCGCUUCCCCGUGUGGUAUUUGCCGCCAGUUCAUUCGUGAGUUUGGCCCCGAGUUACCAAUAUACAUGGUGACGGAUGGCGGUGAGUGGGUAAAGAUGUACCUAAACGAGCUCUUACCAUUAAGCUUUGGUCCUGAGGAUUUGGGGAAGCAUACAGGGUGA